ACCAAGCUGGUGAAGAAGGCCAUGGCUAUGUUGAUGGCUGAAAAGGAGCAGAAGGUGAUUGACAGAGAAAGCACACUGAGUGAACGAGUCCCAGCACUCAACCUCUCUGGGCUGUCUAUACAGGACCUGCAGACUCUUUGUAAAGAACUGCACCAGAAAAUUGAUGUUGUUGAUGAAGAGCGGUACGACAUCGCAAUGAAAGUCUCCAAAAGUGACGCAGAGAUUGAAAAUCUGACCAUGAAGAUCAUUGAGCUGAAGGGCAAGAAGCGACCUCAGCUGAAGAGGGUGAGAGUAUCAGCUGAAGCCAUGAUGGGGGCCCUGCUGGGAGCCAAGAUCAAAGAGUCUGUCGACUUCAAGGCCAACCUCAAGACUGUCAAGAAGGAAGAGGAGAAGAAAGAGGAGGUGAGUGAUUGGCGUAAGAAUGUGGAUGCCAUGUCUGGCAUGGAGGGCAGAAAGAAGAUGUUCACUGCUUCCUAA